UCGCACUACAACAUGCAAAAAGUCCGGAUUAUCCACUAUAUUUAGAUUUUACUAGCUACGUGUGCGUUUAGGCUGCUUUUCUUUGGUAACUGGCAUUAACCUUGAGACAUAUUCCGGCAAGAAACGUGUUUCUGCAGCGAUUUACGGACUUUACCCGCUUGAUUUGUGCGCCAGUAGGAGAUCAGGCCUUAGCCGGCUGGCUAAAAAACAAGUUGAAAGGGAAUAUGUAACAUAAAGACACCAACAUGACAUCCAGAUUUGGGAAAACCUACAACCGCAAGGGAGGGGAGGCUAAUUCGAAAUUCGAAGAGGUCUUUUCCAAUAAAAAGCCCACCUUGACCACCAAAUGGGGGGAGACCACCUACAAGGCUCAGUUGGGAGCCAAAAGGCCUCUAUUAAAACAAGAAGUUGCAGAGCUUCCCAAGAGGCCCAGGCUUGAGGACAGCGACAGUGAGGAGGACCCAUUUGGGUUUGACAGUGACGAUGAAUCCAAAACUGUGACCUCUCACAGUGUGUCCCAGUUGAAAGUCAAUGAAGGGGACGUUACAAAGACAGCUGUAUUGCAGGGCAGUGGGACAGCCACCGUUAAGACUUCUGCACAGGCUACUGCAAGCUCAACAGCCAAAAUCCCAAGCAAACAAAUACCUGGACAGAAUGAUGUUAAAAAUAGCAAGCCGAGGUUCAAAAGUACAUCAGAUAGCAACCAGAAACCUGGAUACCUGGCCUCUUUGUCAAACACAACCCCCUCUGAUGUUCAUAAAUCCUCGGGGACCGAGAGGUCCAUAUUCUCCUCUACUAAUAUAGAGACCUCCUUUAAACACUCCACUGAUGUACCAGGUGGUAGCAGAGACUUCCUAACCUCCUCCUCUUAUGACGAGUUCCCAUCAGAAGAGAUGAGAAGCACUGAGCUGGAGCCUCCCACAGAACCUCCACCAGCAAAAGUGGAAAACAUUUCCCCAUCCCCUUUUACCCUGAGGACCUCAAACACCAAGAAAUACCAGCGGCCCAACCGGCUUAACAAAACGUCCUCUGAGCCUCAUGAAAAUGACAGCAGCAAGCCCCCUGCAACAGCGAGUGCCCAAGAUAAACCCAACAGUGUCCUUUCUGCUAGUGCAAGUAAUACUGCUGCCAACACUAAAACAGCAGCCAAGCCCGCAGGCAGGGGAGGUGGGAGGGUACGGGACUACACAGUUCUGCACCCUUCCUGUCUGUCGGUAUGCAAUGUCACCAUCCAGGACUCAAUAGAGCGGAGCAUUGAUGAACUGGUCACCCCGGCUGCACCUGCUGACCUUGGAGACACAGGCCAAAUGAAGAAGAAGUCGGACGCUCCUCCACCUAAAUCUACCAGAUUCAGACCUACCCAGACCAAGACCAAGAAGACAAAGACAGAGACAAAGCUGGAGUUCUUUGGCUUUGAAGACAAAGAGGACCAGGAAGGCGAGGAGGGUUCAGAAGUUGGCAUGGCAGGCAAGAGUAACUACAAGAUCAAGUACUUCGGCUUCGAUGAUCUGAGUGAGAGUGACAGCGAUGAGGAGAGCUCUCAGGCCAAAGAGAAGAAGGCCAAGAAGGCGGCCGCAGCUUUGGCUGCUCUAAGCUCCAGUGUGGACAGCCCCCACACCAGUGAUUCCCAGGACAGCCAGGCCAGCAGCAACACAGAUGCUUUUGACUUCUCUGAUGACUGCAGUCCUGGGGUCACCGAGGGACAGAAAGGACGCUCAGGGAAGCCUGGUGAUAAAUCUGGCACUGGACUCAAAAAGAUCUUCAGUGGACCCAAAAAGUCUCCCGCUAAAGCUGUGUACAACGCUCGUCACUGGAACCAACCUGAGCCUGAAGCGAUGCCCGCGCCUCCCCAUUCUCAAUCUCAAACUUCUCAGGCCAUUUUAUCGAGCAGCAGCAGCAAGGACAGCAACUCCCAUAAAGAUGAUGGCUUGUUCAAAGCCCCUCCACCCCCGCCCAAAGUCAUUAAGUCAGAGACCCUCCCCACGCGACUUAACCAGGAUAUUGUCACGGCUCUCAAAUGCAGGAAGGAGCACAAGGAGCUGUACACGGUGGUGCAACAUGUGAAGCACUUCAAUGACGUGGUGGAGUUCGGAGAGAAUCAAGAGUUCACAGAUGACUUUGAGUACCUGGAGACUGGGCUGAAGAGCAGCCAACCACUCAACACAAGAUGCCUUAGUGUAAUCAGCCUGGCCACGAGGUGUGCCAUGCCCGGCUUCAGGAUGCACCUGCGGGCCAGAGGGAAAGUGGCACAAGUCUUCAAAAUGAUCAGUGAUGCUCCUCAACACCCGAAUCUUGCUCUGUGCACGGCCGCCCUCAUGUACAUUCUGAGCCGGGAUCGUCUUAACAUGGAUCUGGACAGGGCCUGUCUGGAACUAAUGAUAAAGUUGCUAGAGAUGGACCAGGACUACUCGGGCCACCAGGAUCAGCUCACGGCUAAGGAAGUGGAAAAGGUCAAGGAGAAGAUCAGGAAGAUGUGUGAGACUGUGCACAACAAGCACCUCGACCUGGAAAACAUCACGACGGGCCACCUCGCAAUGGAGACAUUGCUCUCUCUAACCUCCAAGAGAGCCGGGGAUUGGUUCAAAGAAGAACUGCGGCUCCUUGGCGGUUUGGACCAUAUUGUAGACAAAGUCAAAGAGUGUGUGCAGAACCUGAGCCAAGAGGAUGACAAGGAGAACCUUGUGGCAUCUUUAUGGGGUGCUGAGAGAUGUCUAAGAGUGCUUGAAAGUGUGACAGUGCAGAACCCAGAAAACCAGGGUUACUUGAUUGCCUACAAAGACUCACAACUCAUAGUCUCCUCUGCUAGAGCUUUGCGGUACUGUGAAGAUAUGAUCCAGAGGUACAGCAGGGCGCUGAACAACAGCUCCCUGUCAUCGUCGGGUGCAGCGUUGCCCCACUGUAGCUUCAGUAAUGUGGGCAAGGCGGUGGAGGACUGCAUGAGGGCCAUCAUAGGAGUGCUGCUCAAUCUUACUCACGACAACGAGUGGGGAAGCACAAAGACAGGUGAGCAGGACCAACUAAUAGUAACAGCUCUGAAUUGCGUCCUCCGGGUCCCGCGCUACAUCCCCCAAGAGCAGCGCUUUGACGUGCGAGUACUGGGUUUGGGUCUACUAAUUAAUCUUGUGGAGUACAGCUCCAGAAACCGCCACUGUCUGGUGGACAUGGAGUACAGUGUCGACAACACCUGUCUGGAAGACAGCCUGCUGCAACCUGCUGACCCAACGCAAUCAGACACGGCAGCACAGUCAGCAUCGCCAAGCACAGCAGAGACUCAGGGAGAUGGGGCCAAUAAAGCCAAGACCUUCGGUGCUUUGGCUGCCCUGGUCAAGUUCUUCCUGGAGAGAGAGCGCGCCGCCAUCCUGGCCGAGGCGAAGACUGACGACCUCAUCAGCGAGGCGCCCAAGCCGGCACUGGACCAAAGCGGCGAGUGGCAGGAGACGUCAGGAGAGAUCCAGUGGGUGGCAGCCGAAAACAACGACAGCCAAACCGAGAACAACCAGAGCGAGAAGAAAGAGGAGGAGGAUGAAGAAUUGGACCUAAAUAAAGCUCUGCAGCAUGCAGGCAAGCAUAUGGAGGACAGCAUUGUUGCCUCCUACACCGCUCUGCUGCUGGGUUGCCUCUGCCAGGGCAGCCAGAUAAAUGUGACUACUGUGAGGGAUAACCUACCUAAAGGGGAUUUCUCCAUCAUGACAGAAAUGCUGAAGAAAUUCUUGAGUUUCAUGAACCUCACUUGUGCAAUGGGCACCACAGGACAGAAGUCCAUCUCGCGGGUCAUCGACUACUUGGAGCACUGUUAACAGAAAGCUAGACCGCAAACUCUCACUCUGACUGCACAUUAAAGGGAUCCAAGGCUAUUCUUGUGCCCCCCCCCCUCACCCAACAGGAGCCACAAGGGGUUAUUGGAGUCUCAGCAGCAUUCCCUUGACUUCACCUGAUGAUCACCAUGUGCUGUGAUCGCUCUUGAUUUUUUUUCACCAAUAGAGGCACACACACAAAUAUAUAAAAAGUUUCACUCCCUCUCUGGAGCACAGCCUGAACCAAAGCCCUGCUAGCUGACAAACACGCAUAUUCCUUCAGUUCCACUCGACUAGCGUCAGAUUCAGAGUCAGAUUAACUGGGAAGGUUCAAGUUUCAUCCUCAGGUAACUUGGAACAGGCAGAAGCGAGGCUUAAAUCCUUAAGUUUCGAAACACUUUUGUGGAAUGUCAAAUGUGAAGAAGGACUCAACUGCGGACCUCUUCGUGAAACGUGAAGAGGUUUAACAGCAGCCGGCCGCUGAAGGUGGAGUCUCACGUCCACUGUCGGGUCUCGAUUCCUGGUCGCUUAGCUGGAGUGUGAACCUCCGAGUCAAAUUUCAUGGAUCAUUACAUUUUAAUCUCUGCUCGUCCACCUCAAAGCCAAGGGUGAAAAUCAUCAAUUAGCAUGAAAAAAAACCAAUCACUUUCGUGGAUGUCAGAUUGAUGUCUCUAUACGUAAACUUGUGUGGAAUGAUUUUUGAAUGCAUACAUCCAUUUACCUACGCGUUUUGCAGUUGGCUUGAAUGUUAAGGGAAAGAGAGUAUUUUUAAGGUUUGAUUUCUAUGUUCUCAUCGUGCCCAUUAAUUUUGUAAACCGUGCAAGUUAGCAAGUCGCGUAGGCGUUCUCUCUGAUAUGUUUUUAAGAUUUUUCUUCUUUCCCUUUGAGGGUUUUUUUUUUUCCUCCCAAAUGAUGAAUUUCAAAGAAACCAGGACUGAACGACACACCAACUUUAAUAGGAUGUCCUUUAUUUGACUGAUAAUGGCAUUUGGAAAUGAUAGGCGGUUAUGAAAUUUAGAUUUCCUCCUUCCCCAUUAUCAAUCUGGACAUAUUUUAGUAUGUAAGGCUUAUUUAAAUUUUAAUUAAUUCAACAAUAUGUAAUUACAUUAUGCAUCAAACUCACAGGUAUAACAGAUGUGAUGAAUUACUUUAAAAAUUGAUUGCUGUGCUUCCUUUUUGAAUUUUUAAUCAAAUUAAUUUUUUUUAAUGUAUUUAAUUUAAUGCUUCCUCCUCCUUUGUAAAUGCUAAGUCAUUACCUAGUGAGAUGAUCAUGUUUUGUUAAAAUAUACCCCGUGUGACGCAGCUCAGUGGCUGGACAUAGUACAUGUAUGUGAUAGAUUUUGCUGAAUUAUGGUUUUGGCUUAAACCCGCACAACAUUUAUUUUAAAUGGUUGCAUUUAUUAAAUAGGAAAUGUAAGUUUUAAGCUCAUGUUAAUCAACGUUGGUGUUUUCCUGAUGGUUUAAUGUCUUUGUAUGUCCAGCCACCUCGUAGCGUCAUAUUUUUACUCAUUGUAUCAUGAUGUGUCUGUAUUAGACAACAUGCAUUAAGCUCCCAUUUAUUUAUUCUUUUGUGGUGUCAUUUUACCCGUAACGAAGCACCUGAACCUUCGAAACCUUUGACGUCUUGUACUGCUCAGAUGUACGAUCACUGAUUGAAUGACAGCCAUACCUGUAUAAGCAGAUUAGUUUUAUCUGGUUUGUAGGGCUGCGGUGAACAUAACUGCAACUGUGUUUACUGUUAAUUACUUUGCAAAUUCUGGUUUGAAUGAAAUUUUAGAAUGUAAAUACUCCUGUACAUACUGGUUAAUGGACAUUUAAAAAUGCUUAGACUACUUUUUUCCCUGAAGCUGAUAUUUUUAUUUUAUACAAUAUUUCUGAGUUGUCAUUUGGAAAAACAAAAAUCGCAGGAAGAGAAAAAAAAUUGUUUGUACCCGUUUCAAUGACAUUAUCUUUGGUUACAUGUAAAUAGUUGUAUCUCAAAAAUGGAAAAAAAAGUUGCUA